GUGUUGCAUUGAAUCUAUAUCUUUCUACGUCGCAUAAAAUAAAAUAUUUUUAAUAAUGGAAAAGGAAAUAAAAAAUAAAGUGGCUAUUGUAACUGGAGGCAGUAAAGGAAUAGGAUCUGCGAUAGUUGAAGAAUUUUUAUGCCAUGGUGCCAAAGCAGUUGUGAUAGUUGAUAGAGAAGAAAGUCAAGGCAUCGAACUGAUGGAAAAACUUAACAUACAAUAUGGUGAUGGGAAAGCUAUAUUUUUCAAAGCGGACGUCACUAGAGACCUAGACGAAAUUUACAAAAAAGUCGUGGAAAAAUACCAAACUAUAGAUAUCCUUGUGAAUAAUGCUGGAAUAGUAGACGAAACCUCAAUCAGAAGAACAUUAGAUGUGAACACUAUUGCGACGGUUGAAUGGUCUAUGAAGUUUUUAAAUCAUAUGAGAAAAGAUAAAGGAGGAAAUGGUGGAACUAUUUUGAACAUAGCUUCCAUUUAUGGCUAUACUGUUGAUCCGGUGGUGCCCUUUUACAAAACUUCAAAAUUUGCAGUUAUGGGUUUCACGAGGACAUUGGGACAUGUCAAAAACUACGAAAUAACAAAAGUAAGAGUAUUUGCACUUUGCCCAGGAUUGACUAGGACAUCUAUACACGCAGCAGGAAAAUUAUAUGCGUUGGACUUUCUGGAAGAAGUAACCAGAAAUGUAAUAUCAACAGUGUCAUAUCAAGAGAAAGAAGACGUCGCAAAAGCCGCAAUCGAGGCAUUCAAAACUGCCCAAAGUGGUUCGGCGUGGAGUAUCAUUAAUGGUGAACCAAUACAAGAGAUAGUGUAAAUUGAGUUGACAACAAUGUUAAGCCAUUCACAGUAUCAAAAAAUUGACAAACUUAUCAUAAUAAUAAAAGAU